UUGACAAAAUAACCCAAAAAAAUAUUAAAUAAAUAAAUAAAUGAGGAUAGACAAAAAACAACCAACAAUUGAAGAUUCUCCUCAUCAUUCCCGUCUCAUUUCCCUGAAUCUUAGCUUUCGUUUCAGUUUGAAACUUCCAUGAAAAUAACAUAUAUUCUCUUUGCUGCAUUAUCCAUUAACAAGAAUUCAAUUUCUUUAUGAUUUUUUUUUUUUUUCCCCUAAUGCCACUAAUUUGAGCCUUUUCUUAUGCCAAUCAAUCACCAAACAUAUGCUUCCUCAUUUGGUUAGAAAACCAUUCCAAUUCCCUUCCUCCCCUCCUUCCCUUAAUUUUCAAUGUAUUUGCCACCAAUAAGUUUGAUCUGGAUUUCCUUUAUACCCUCUUAAUUUUUUGUUUUUGUUAAUGCAGAGGAGAAGCUGAUCCAAACCCUUUUUCCAUUCAGAAUUUCUUCUCCAGCUUCUGUCAUUAAUCCAAUAUCUCCAUCUGUAACCCAUUUGAAUUCAUUGUCUAAGUAGAUUUUCCUAGAUAGGUUUGUUUGUUUUUUAUUUUUGUGGGACUUCCCAUAUAAGGGAGAGCUGCUAAAAUGGCUAUCCUCAUAUUUUUGUAGUAUUUUCUCAUGGUCUUUUGUGUGUGAAUUCUUGGAGGGUGGAGAUGGCUACCCAACAAGAUAAUUGUGGCCAUAACAAUGUUCCUGGUCUACCAGAAAGACUGGAGGGUUUCUUGCAUCAAUCAGGCAAUAAAACUUGUGCGGACUGUGGAUCUCCAGAUCCAAAAUGGGUAUCUUUAAGUUUUGGAGUACUAAUAUGUAUCAAGUGUUCUGGAGUGCAUCGAAGCCUUGGAGUGCAUAUAUCAAAGGUUCUAUCUUUGAAGCUAGAUGAGUGGACGGAUGAACAAAUCGAUUCUUUUGUAAAAAUUGGAGGAAAUAUCGAAGCAAACAAGAAGUAUGAAGCGUGCAUGCCAGCGAAUCUCAAGAAACCAAAACCAGAUUCUUCUAUAGACGAACGCUCUGAGUUUAUCAGGAGAAAAUAUGAGCAGCAACAAUUUAUGAACUUCGGCGAUCAAAUGUCCUGCCCCUUUCAACCAUCUCAUGUGAGAUCAUCAUCUGGAAGCACUUCAAUAGGAACUAAUACUACACAGGAUAAGAAACAAUAUGAGAAACAACCAACCAAGCAUCGUAUUGGGAACGCAUUCCGUAACAGCUGGGGAAGAAAAGAUAGUGAACACAAGGGCACUAAGAAGGGUAGCUCCUUGGCAGGUAUGGUUGAAUUUGUUGGAUUGAUUAUGGUGAAUGUGGUCAAAGGAACCAACCUAGCUGUUCGAGAUAUGAUGACUAGUGACCCUUAUGUUAUCCUUGCAUUAGGCCACCAAUCAGUGAAGACACGUGUAAUAAAGAACAACCUUAAUCCUGUCUGGAAUGAGAGCCUAAUGCUUUCUAUUCCUGAACAAGUUCCUCCUCUAAAAGUGCUAGUGUACGACAAGGAUACGUUCUCCACUGAUGAUUUCAUGGGCGAAGCUGAGAUUGACAUUCAACCGCUGGUCACUGCUGCUAAAGCCUAUGAGAAGUCCUCCAUCAAUGAGUCAAAGCAGCAGCUCGGGAAAUGGGUAGCCAGUAAAGAAAACACCCUUGUACAAGAUGGUAUCAUCUACCUAGUAGAUGGGAAAGUGAGACAAGAAAUCAGUCUAAGAUUGCAGAAUGUUGAGAGGGGAGUUCUGGAGAUUGAGCUUGAAUGUGUUCCUCUUACUCAAUAAUACUUCAAGGGAUCAAUCAUUGCGAUGCUGAAAAUUGUUGCCAUUUUGUCAAAUUGUACUAUAGAAAGCAUUUUAUAGGACCUCCGAAAAUGUUUCCGAAACGGUUAUUUGUUGCUUGUACUUGUACAUUUGCAGUAGCUUUUAUAUAUCAUCUGUAGAUAGACAUAUGGAUAUGAUUAUGGAAGAUAUGUGUGGAAAGAAUUGAAA